AGCAUAUUAUAUAUUUUGCCUUCCUUUCCGCAGUACCCGCAGUAGUAGCCCCUUCGAGAAGAUCGCACCGUCGACCCUCCUGAGUGUCAAAGGCAUUCUCUUACAGCCAUGAAUCACCUGCUGAUGUACCUGCCCAACCUCACUAACCAGGGCAGUUAUUACAACUGUGAGGACAACCGCAAUGAUCGCAUCAUCUGGGGCCCAAAGAAGUCUAGCCUUAAAGCAAUUGAUUGCAGCGGUCAAUAUUCCUCCAGUCUGCCUCUCGAGACUCCAUCCUGUGCCUCGUCACCUAAAAUGUCAGGAAAUGUUCCAAGUGAUCUUCAGUCACUGAGCAGCAGCAGUGUUGGUUGGAGCGACCCACCUUCCUUUGUGUCCUCGACUAGACCUUCGUUCUCCAGCGGCUCCUCCAACUCGUACUUUGUCAGACGCAAAAAGUCACGUUCGAAGAGUGAGAGAAAAGUGACGGGUUUAUACAAAUAUUUUAUCGAAGCGGUUCCUACAAAGAUUCAACCAGGCAUGUUUCCUCCAAACCAGUGGGUACCCUUACAACAAUGAAAAAACAAUUCACCCUUGCCAACAUUAUGUAUAUAAAUUUUGUACAAAUAAAUUGUAGUUUAUUAUCUAAUUGUUAUAAAUUAAAUAAAGAUGAAUUUUAUUGAUCCAACAUGUUAAUCAUAAUAUAUUAUCGUAUUUUUGUUUGCAAAGGAGUCUAGGUAGUUGGGAAGAAAACAACAAAUCAUUGAAAAUUAAAUCUUCUUGAAAUUUCUGUUUCAUUAGGAAUACAAAUGUAAAUCAAUUUUCUUCUGUUACUGUCACAAAAUAAAUUAUUGAAUAGCGUCUGAGAUCUCACUCAAAUAUUUUGUAUAAAAUCAGUUCAUUAUCAAAAUACAAAUAUCAGCAGUCUGAAAAAUAAAAAUUAUUAUGCACACAG